AUUCAGCAAACUAAAAUGCAUUCAACACCAACAAUUUGUAGCAAAAGCAACUGUGCAUUCAAUUCAAAUUAAGGAAGAUGUGGUCUGCUAAGAAGUGGAAAUCAGCACUUCAGGCUUUAUCAUUUCUACUAGUACUCUUCCUUCAUCGCCAAGCUUCAGCCGAUUAUAAUUGGGUCGUGAAAGAAUCCACAUAUACAAGGCUGUGCAGCACUAAGUCAAUAUUGACAGUUAAUGGAAAAUUUCCGGGACCAGUUUUAAGAGCUUAUAAAGGAGAUACAGUCUAUGUCAAUGUUCAUAACAGAGGCAGAUACAAUAUCACUAUUCACUGGCAUGGAGUCAAGCAACCGAGGAAUCCAUGGUCUGAUGGUCCUGAAUACAUCACCCAAUGUGGUAUUCAACCGGGUGGGAGUUUCAGGCAGAAGAUCAUAUUCUCUAUUGAGGAAGGAACCCUUUGGUGGCACGCUCAUAGUGAUUGGUCCCGGGCGACGGUUCAUGGAGCAAUUUUUGUCUAUCCAAAACCAGGAACUAGCUACCCUUUUCCCAAGCCCCAUGCUGAAGUUCCCAUAAUAUUAGGUCAAUGGUGGAAAAGUGAUGUAAUGGAGGUACUUGAUGAAUUUGUUAGAACCGGAGGAACUCCCAAUGUUUCUGAUGCUUACACCAUCAAUGGUCAACCAGGAGACCUCUAUCCUUGCUCAAAAUCAGAAACAUUCAAACUUUCUGUGGAACAAAACAAGACCCAUCUGCUCCGAGUAAUCAACGCUGCCAUGAACAGCAUCCUUUUCUUCUCAGUCGCAAACCAUAACCUGACGGUGGUCGCAGCAGACGCAGCCUACACCGCGCCAAUCUCAACACCCUACAUCACAAUAUCUCCUGGACAAACCGUUGAUGCCCUGUUGUUCACAGACCAACAACCUGGUCGUUAUUACAUGGCUGCUAGGGCAUACCAAGGUAACCUAGCGAUUGGUUUUGACAACACCACAACCACAUCAAUAGUUGAAUACAGAGAUGGCAAUGGAAAUAGUAAAACUGCUCCAUUAUCAAUAAUUGAAUACAGAGAUGGCAGUGGAAAUGGUAAAACUGCUCCAUUAUCAAUUAUUGAAUACAAAGAUGGCAGUGGAAAUGGUAAAACUGCUCCAUUAUUUCCCUACCUUCCUUACUAUAACAACACGAAUGCAGCCUUUGGCUUUUUCAAUAGCCUUAAAAGCCUAGACAUUAACCAAACCGAUGUCGUAAAAACCACCACCACUCGAAUAGUUUCAACAGUAUCGGUGAACACACUCCCUUGCCUUGGAAAUCAAACCUGUGAAGGACCCAAUGGGACGCGAUUAGCUGCCAGUAUGAACAACAUAAGCUUUGUGGAUCCGAGAGUAGAUAUAUUACAAGCUUACUAUUACUAUAUCAAAGGGGUUUAUAAAGAGGGUUUCCCAGAUUUUCCACCGUUGAUUUUUAACUUCACAGCUGAGGACUUCCCUCUGAUAUUGGAAAUACCGGAGACGGACACAAAGGUGAAGGUUUUGGAAUAUGGAUCGGAUGUGGAAAUUGUUUUUCAAAACACAAAUUUAGUGGCUGGGAUAGAUCAUCCCAUGCAUCUUCAUGGCUAUAGCUUCCACAUUGUUGGAACUGGCUUUGGGAAUUUUGAUGUAAAAAAGGACCCAUUGAGCUUCAAUCUUGUUGAUCCUCCUCUUAGGAACACAGUUACUGUGCCCUUAAGUGGAUGGGCCGCUGUCAGAUUCAAGGCCAGAAAUCCUGGAGUGUGGUAUUUACACUGUCAUCUUGAACGUCACCUAUCAUGGGGAAUGCACACCGUCUUGAUCGUAAAGAAUGGAAAACACCCAAAUGAAACGUUGCUGCCUCCGCCACUAGACAUGCCGCCGUGUUGAAAAUUUGGCUAAACUAGCUUACUAGUACUGUCUCCAUGGUCAUGCAUGUAGCAGCCGAGUUCGAUUGUACUUGUACUUUUGGGUAACCCGGAUCCCAUGUUAGUUGAAGGCCAUAAAGAACACCCCAAAGUUCAAAUGUGACUCUGGGGGUAUUAAUUAGUAUUAGUAUUUAUUGAGUGUGAGCCCUUUUAAUGAGGAUCACUAAAAUAAGGAUUAGUUGAUGACUUUCUAAUCAAUGGUUUGGGAGACCGACUUAUCGAUUAUAUUACAGAAAAUCAACAAUGAGAUGUUUAUGUA